AUUCGGGCAUACACCGCCCCCCUUACCGCUCGGACACGAGCUCUAUCAUUCCGACGAGUGUAUCCUUCUCUCGUCAUCUGAACAAGGAGCGAGAGAGAGAGAGAGUGAGAAAGCGGCGGGCGAGCUAGGGUUAGGGUUCUUGAGCGGCCAAUGGAGCUGCCUGAAUCCUUGAACCUGGUCUCGGCUCACCGAUCCGAAGGUAACCGAUCCCUAGCUGCCCGAGUUCGAGCUCUCACACUAUGCCGCUUUGUUUGGCCUUGACUAAGGGUAGGGUUCCCGGAUUCUUCGUCGCCUUAGGUGUGUCUUCUUGGUUUGAUCGGGGAGUCAAGGAUGGAUGAUGAAAUGGAUGAUUUCGGCGAUCUCUAUGGCGACCUUGACGAUCGCGUCAAUGUUGGUAUCGUCCGUGUCCAAGAAAAUCAGUAUUCCUGCUCGGCUGAGAGAAAUCUAAGCAGCUCGAAGCCUGGGGAAUUCGAUUCGAUCAGUGAGGAGCAGAGCUCUCGGAUUGGUGAAGCCAAUGAGAGGGCGGUGGCUUCCAACUGGGGUAAGGAAAGCCUGGCUUUUGGAGCGCAGGAUAGUGGCAACAGCAGUGACAGUGAGGAUGAUCUCCAUAUAGUUUUGAAUGAAGAAGAUUGUCUGAAGUUGCAACCUUCACAAGGAGAGAAUCUUGGGAGUGGGGGCGCGGUGCUGGGAGAUGACGAGGGAGAGAAAGAGGAUGAGGAUUUGGUGAUUCUUUAUGGUCCUGAUUGUUUGCAGAAAACUCAGAAGUGGGGAGAACAGCUGUUGUCGCCCACUGAUGGGAUGGUGCGGGGUAGGACAGAAAGAGGAAGUGCAGAAAAUGGUAGCUACCGUAGCUGGCAUGUAGGAUCUAAUCAAGGAGGAUUCUCAUACAAUGGAAAAACUUCAUUGUCUGGAAGAGGUGUCUGGGAUCAGCUGAUGAUGCCAUCUCCACGGGAUACUUCAUCCUGCAGUUUAAGCAUUCCUUCAUCAGCUCAAAACGGAUAUAGUUUCACUUUACCUCGAAAUAGGACCAUUUUUGAUAUAAAUAUUGAAGCAUUUGAGCAGAAGCCCUGGAGGCAACCAGGAGUGGAUAUAACAGACUACUUUAACUUCGGCCUGGAUGAGGAUAGCUGGAAAAGUUACUGCCAACAGUUGGACCAGUUUAGGCAACAAGUAACAAUGUUUACCCAAUUCCCAGAUUAUAAUUUAUCAAGGCGGAAUCAGGUUCUUGAAUCUGAUUUGGGAUCACCUAAAGCUAUGUUAAGUGAAGCUGCUCAAUGGGAACAUAGAGAAAAAAGUUUCUUACAUAUGGAGAACGUAGAAAGGAGAUUAAUGGGGCUUCAGAUGCCAAAGGGUAGAGCAAUUCAAGUUGAAAGUGGAGUUGGUGAACGCAUACCAUCAGCAGACAUAAGGCGACCAAGACACCUUGAUUCUGAUGUAGUGAUACAGAUUGCUAUGGAUGGUUCUAUGGAGAAUGUGUCCAUUCCAUGUGAGGGAGAACUUAAACAUGCUGAACAAGGACAUGAAGAUUGCUUAAUGUUGGAAUAUGAGAACGAGCCAAAUCAAGGAAUGUUGUCUCGAGACUAUGAUGGUCAAGGAUAUUGGGAAACUACUGAUCCUCUUGUGCGUUGCUACCCUGAGGUGGCAGAAGCUAGUUUAAAGGGAUCUGCUGAUGAAGUUAAAGACAAACUGGAUUCCUCUAAGGGUGAAAGUGAGGAUUCGUUGAGAGUGGAUGACUCGCUGAUGGAAGCUGAAAUUUCUUCUGGGGCUGGGGUUCAAGUUAUGGCAGAAAGUAAUUUAAAGGGUGCUGCUGGCGAAGUUAAAGACAAACUGGAUUACUCUAAGGGUGAAAGUGAGAAUUCUUUGAGAGUGGAUGACUCCCUGAUGGAAGCUGAAUAUGCUUCUGGGGUUGGGGUUCAAGUUAUGCAGAGUCUCAGUUCCAGUGAUCUUGAUAGCCAUUCUGAAGCAUCCAAGGAUGAUGGUGGUUUGAAUAAAAUUCAUGCUGCCAUCAGAAAGACAUCUUUGGACUCGGUGACUGGAAGUCAAGAAUCAGUUAGAUCUGAUUGUGAUCUUUCAAAUGAUUCCGGAAUCAAUGCAACUAAAAAAGAGAUGGAAGAUAUUAAAGGCAACACUUGUGACUGUCGCCUCUCUCCAGAAGGUUACAAAGGUUGCAGUAGAAGCGGAUACAAUGUUAUGUCUGAAUUGAAUAUACCUGCAGAAAAUGAACAAGCUUCUAUUCAGUCGCCCAGGAAGUCCCAGAAUGAUGUGGACCAUUUUGAGGUGAGCUAUGGGAUGAAGGAAAGUAAAUGUGAUCACAGGACUGAUAUAAGAGGACAUUUGUCUUCUAAUAAAGAAACAAAAAUGUCAGUUAGUUACAAGAGUGGAAAGUAUGCUGAAAAGCGUGCUAGUGAAAAAUCUUCUGCUAAAUCUUCUCACAAGAAGGGAGAUCAUGAUAAUCACCCUAGGAUUAACCGGGAUAAGAGAGACUGUUUUGAGCAAAGAGCCGCUGGUAGGGAUAGUGCAAUAAAACACCGUGAAUGCUACUCACGUGAAUGGCAUCAUGAUGGUCGAGGGGAAAGAGUUGUUCGUCAUGAGCAUUCUGAUGAAUCAAUUUCAGAAUGUGGUUCCAUUUUCUUGGGAAAGGAUUCAGGUAUGAGGCAUAAAAAGGAAAGGGAGAAUGAACAUCUCAUCCGGACAGAUGCUGUAAAUCAUGAACACAGAUAUAAAGAAAAACAUGUACAAGAGAUGCACACAAGACAUAUAGCCAGAUGCAGGGAAGACAGGAUCUUUGAUCACAGUUUCCAUAGAGCUGCACCUUGCAGCGGCAGAGAAGAUAGAACCCCUGAAAAAAGAGACAAGUAUGACCGAAGUUCAUGUUUUGACUUGUAUGGAUCAAAUAAAUAUAUUGAAUAUGAGGCCAAAAGGUUGAGACAUCUUGAUGGUAGGCUGCUGGAUUCUCAAAUGUAUGAACACCAUUUUGACGAUGAAAGAGGUCGGCAUGAUACCAGUCCACUAAGAAAUCACUUACAUCAGUCAUGCAGGUCACAUGAAAAAUUCUUGGAUCACAGGAAAAGUUUUGCUAUUAAAGAGAUAGUGUCCAGGUAUGAGAAAUAUGAAUGUUGUUUUGUCCGAAGCAGCAAGGAUUGCCGUCACUCAUCUUAUGAAAAUGACAACAAAUUUCAUGAUGAUGAACACAUCACUGAAGAAAGAAGUACAUGUGUUGACGACAUUGUUCGGGAGAAAAGAUAUGGUUGGCUUGCUAAGCCAAGACCUGAUGCUGAUGGCAAACUCUCUUUUAAGCAUGGAGAUCCCGAUUUGACUCCUCAAGAGGAAUCUUUUCUCUGUGAAAGGAGUUCAAGAAAUGAGAAGAGUCUCGUUAAGCAGCAUUUAUUCUGUGGUAGAAAAUUUUCUGAUGACUGCCGAUUAAGCAGUGUUCAAAAGGAAUUAGUUAAUGAAAGAACUCGAAGUUCUUCUGAUGAUGCUAGGGAACAUGGUAAGUUUGCUUUGCGCAAUUUUGAUAAGGGAAGGCAUGAGCUGGCAACUUUAGGUCGCAGGGAGGCUGUUAACAUUCAUCUGAAUGGUUUGAAAAGAAAGUUCCACAGAAGAGAUAAUGAAGUUACUGUUGCAAGUGAAAUCCACAGAGUUGUGAUUGAGACAAUAGAUGAAGAACAGAAGGAUUCCAGGCAUAUUGAAGAAGUUCGCUUGUUGGAGGUUCCUCUCCAUGUCCCAAAAUCUGAAGGAACCCAUAAUCACCCAACUAGCUUGAAGGAGAGGGUGAAAGAGUUAAAGUCGGAACACUCAGGUGACCACUUUCUUAAGAAAUGUGAAGACAAGCAUUCUAUUUCACAAAGUAACGAUGAUGAUGAGAUUGAAGAAGGCCAACUGAUAGAAGAAUCUGAUGAUCAACAUGUGCGUUCAAUGACAGAAUAUUGGAAUCCUGAGAAAAAAGUAUCACUCCCUGCUGUCAAAGCAAGCCUGUCAGCUCAUUUAGACGAGGAAAACACACAAGCUAAAGAAUCUACUCCAGAUAAUAAGAUAAUUAGGGGAUAUGACAGCAAUCAUAUACUUGAAACACUAGCAAAGAUGGAAAAGCGCAGGGAACGGUUCAAAGAGCCACUUGCUCUGAAGCGAGGAACUGAGAAGACUCCGGAGCCACAGCUGGAGGUUGCAACUGUAACUGAUGAACCUAAACAACAGAGGCCUGCCAGAAAACGGCGGUGGGGGGGCAUCCAGUGAUUGGGACAUUCAUCUGAAUGGACCAUUAUGAUGGCUUUGUCCCCUGGAGUAUUUGUGAGUACCGCUUAUUGCAUGUCCUGUGAAGUUGAAUAAUCUCCAAUAAAGUUGAUGAAAGACUCUUAGCCCCCCCAAAAAAAAAAAUGAUGCAAGACAAAGUCACCUGAUGUUAUACUUCUAAAUUCUUUUUUUCUCCUUGAUGUAUAUCAUUAUUUCUUUAGUUUAAUGCAUAUUACAGUUCAUUGAAUGUAUGUUGAAUUAAUGUUUAAAUUUUAUCAAAAAGUUGUACAGGUUAAGGUUU